GAUUGUGCUGAUACAUGCCACCGUGGAAAUUAGCCGUAUAAAAGGGUCAUCUUGACACCCCUACAAAUACAAAUUAACUGCCAUGAUGCACGGUCUGCAAAACAUUCUGCUCGUCUAUGUUCUGAGAUGUCUCGGACAAAUUGUACAUGGUAGUGACAUCAUAAAUGGGAAAAAGGCCCCAGAGAACUCAAUGCAGUAUGUGGUCUCAGUGCAGAACAUUGAUGGCCAUAUGUGUGGAGGUUUUCUUGUCACUGAAGACUUUGUGGUAACUGCUGCACACUGUGACGUCGAAAACCCCACACAUGUUGUCCUUGGCAGCCACAAUAUCAAGAAGGGUUAUCAAAUAAAUAUUGAAAAAAAAUUUAAGCACCCCUCUUACUCCAACAUUUGGUUGGGUAAUGACAUCAUGCUCCUUAAACUGUCUAGGAAAGCUCAGCUAGGAUGCAAAGUACAAAUAAUUCAACUUCCAUGUGCUGAAAUGAACCUAAAAGCAGGUGAAGUGUGCCAGGUGGCUGGUUGGGGAAAAAAUAGAACUGGUGGUGAAAAUGUCGAUGACCUGAGAGUGGUGAGCGUGUCCGUCAUUAACCAAUAUGUAUGUAGGGAACAAUGGCCCGGUCUUUCUGCCAAUGUUAUCUGUGCAGGUGGAUACGGCACAAACAAAGGAUUCUGUCAGGGUGAUUCUGGUGCUCCUCUGGUGUGCAACGGGUUAGUUGUUGGUCUUGCUUCUUUCAACAAAAAUUACAACUGUGCUUAUCCAGAUGUACCCAAUAUCUACACAGACAUCUCCAAAUACCUUAAGUGGAUCAAUGGAAUUCUGCUAACCGCAACAUCUUCCUAAAAAUGUGUUUUUGUGUUGCUACUGUAGAAGCAAAAGAUAAACGAAUUAAAAACAUGGCUGUCUGUUAUUACCAGUGUGACAAAAUAUAGCAAU